UCCGCCCGGGAAUGAACGGGACCAGCAAUGGUACGCCCUCCGGAGCAGCACCCUCAACAGGUACUACUGUCUCCACCACUGCCAGCAGCCCCAAAAUCGCCCUGCGGGGCAUUGCCCAGCGCACUUUUAGCAGAGCUUUGACUGCCAAGAAGAGCUCAGUCAAAGGCCCCGAGAAAGACAAGGACAAGGAAAGGGGGAAGGAGAAGGAGAAAGAGAAGGAGAAAGGGAAGGAAGUGGGGAAACGCACCUCGGUCCCCGACAGGACAGAGCUCAGGGGGGAGGAGCCUAAGGAGGAAGUAUCACCUGUUGCUGUAGAGACAGACAGCUCAAACAAAAGGACCUCUAAAAUCGCCAGCUUCAUUCCCAAGGGGGGUAAAGUGGCCAAAAAAGAGAGUUCCACCCCUGCACACAGCGGAAUACCAAAGCCAGGAGGCAAAGCCCCGGGAGUCGGGGGGAAGGCCUCCUCAGUGAAGGAGGCGGGGGAGAGGCCUCGGAGCAUGCGGUUAGGAGGGGGUCUCGCCAUGCACCGCGGCGCCAUGGACAGAGACAGGGACAGCAGACACUCCAGCUCUACCUCCAGCCUGGCCUCCACAGAGGGAAAGAGCAGCGCCGCCCCUGUGGCAGGAGGAGGCACUACACAGAGCACAGCCAGCAACACGGUCAGCGUGCAGCUACCUCAGACGCAACAGCACCAUAGCCAUCCCAACAUGGCCACCGUCGCACCUUUCAUGUACAGAUCCCAAACAGACGGCGAGGGAACAGCAAACACUGAGACCGGCUCAGGGGGAAGAGGUGGAGACGGUUCCUUUACCAAGAACAGCCAGCCCUCCAUCGAGGACCUUUCAGGUGAAGACCCAGAGACGAGGAGGUUGCGAACUGUCAAAAACAUAGCAGACCUGCGGCAAAACCUGGAGGAGACCAUGUCCAGCCUGCGAGGAACUCAGGUCACACACAGCACCUUGGAAACCACCUUCGAUGGCAGCGUCACCACAGACAUCAGCAGUGGCGGCGGCUGCAGCGGCAGCAGCGGCGGCGGUGGCGGCACCAACAACAGCAGCGGGGGUCGGAGCAUCCUCAGCCUCACUUCUACCCGUCCCUCCCUGUCGUCAUGGCGACUGGGCCAGUCUAGCCCUCGUCUGCAGGCGGGCGACGCCCCCUCUUUGGGGAACGGCUACAGUGGCCGGGUGGUCGGUGGCCAGGGAGGACGCUACCUGUACCCCGGGCACCUCCGGCGGCAGCUGGCUGGCAGGGGAGGAGCCCUCUGCAGCGUGGACCUCGGAGACAGAGCCGGGGAGGACAUCGACCUGGACGGCAUCGCCAUGGAGGUCACCGGAUACAUGAGCGACGGAGACGUGCUGAGCAAGAAUGCGUCGCGCACUGACGAUGUCACCAGCGGCUAUAUGACCGACGGAGGUUUGGGUCUGUACACGCGGCGCCUGAACCGCCUGCCCGACAGCAUGACCGCCGUCCGAGAGACUCUCCAUCGAAACACGUCGUCAGGACAGGGAGAUGCUGACAGCUGGGAUGACAGCAGCUCUGUGAGCAGCGGCAUCAGCGACAACAUCGACACCGAUGACAUCAACACCAGCUCCUCCAUCUCCUCCUACGCCAACACGCCCGCGGCACAGCGUAAGGGCCUCAACACACAGCCCGUGACGGAUGCAGAGAAGCACUCGGCCUCCACAGCGUUGCACCAGGCCUGGUCAGGAGACGAGGUGAAGAGGCCAGACGGCGGGUCAGACAGCGGGGUCAGGAUGGAGCCAGGCUCCAAAUGGAGCCGCCGGAACCCCUCCGACAUCUCUGACGAGUCUGACAAGGGCGGCUCGGGGAGAAAGACCCCCUCCGUGUCGCACACGGGCUCCUGGAGGAGAGGCAUGAGCGCUCAGGUUGGGGUGACGUCCCCCCGGACUAAAAGCACGAGCAGCACAGGCUCCACGGGCUCCAGCAGCCUCAAGACCCACAGUUCAGGCAAGACGGAUGAUGUCAAGGUGUCAGAGAAAGGACGUGUCUCUCCGCGUUCUAACGGCCUUCACCGCUCGCCCUCAGACGCAGGACGCAGCAGCGGCGAUGAGGCGAAGAAACAUUCGAUCUCCAGCAGCCGCACGCCGACAACGAACGCCCUCACGCACACCGUCUCGGACCCCCACUCCCAGACGCACACACUCACCUCCCGCACCCCAACCAGCACCUUCGGCUUUAAGAAGCAGGGCCCUGGGAUGGUAACCAUGGUUACGGCUAGUGGUGCCACUAUCACCAGCGGUUCAGCCACCCUGGGGAAGAUGCCCAAAUCUGGUGCGCGCUCACUGGCAGGAAGCCUUAAAGCUGGUGGGCAGGACGGAGGGUCUGCACUGGGUCACCAUGACGAUGGUUUCCUCCCCAUGAGUGCCCGCUCCACGCUGCAGUACCGCAGCCUGCCCAGACCCAGCCGCUCAGGAGCUGCCGCCCGCAACGGAAACCGCUCUUCCACCAGCAGCAUCGAAGCCGCCGUGCUCUCUGUCACGUCUCACGGCAAAAACUCGAUCAGCAUCGCCAAGGCCAACGGCUCAGGAGGGCUGCUGGCCAAUCAGACGGAUCGGGAGAAGGGCGUCUCUGAGAUGGACAACCUGAGGAGCGGGGUCACGAUGCAGAGUGGAGGAGCAGCGACUGUUCCUCUGACAGGAAGACAACAGGUUUCUUCACCUACACUACGCAGGUUGUUUGGUGGGAAGCCCGGUAAACAGGCUCCGGUCACCACGGCUGAAAACAUGAAGAACUCCACCGUUAUCUCCAACCCCCACGCCACCAUGAACCAUGUGGCCACGGUGCUGGAGUCCCCUGAUGCAGGGCUGGGGGGCGGGGACAGCGAGACCAGCAGCCCCCUAAUAGAUUCGGAAAUCAAUAACCUCAAAUCAAUCCUCUCCACCCAUCCACAGGCCUCCAGUCCCGGCUCGGUCUAUUCCUCCACCGGCCCCUCCAACAGCCUCACUUGGGGCACCACCUUCAGCAGCUCCUCCGCCCAGAGCAGGGAGAGCACGCUGGGCGGGCACGGUGGGACGGGCAGCGUGGGCUACCCCUCCGUCAGCAGCAUGCACACCAGCAGCGAGUCCAUCGACAUGAGCCUGGGCAGCGGCGGCCAUGGCACCCACAGGGAGGACACCCUGUCCGCACUGGGUCGCACUGGCAGCGUCAAGACUGGCAUGUCUGAGAGCGGGACACAUUGUGGUAGAAACACUCUGCCUAAGAAGGGACUCAGGUAUGGCCCAUCUCCACAGCUGCGAAGCCACGAGGAGGCCCGUGAUUGGCUGCGCUCCCACUCCACCAGCGGGCUGCAGGAGUCAGCCAGUAACUCCCCGUUCUCCCCGGGCUCCAGCCUCACCUCCCCCUCCGGCACCCGCUUCAACUUCGGACAGCUCGCAUCCAGCCCAACCUCUGCAGCUCAGAUCAACAUCGCCGGUCUGCGCAACAACAGCCUGACCAAUCAGGACGCCCCCUUUGACCCCUGCAGCGACAAUCGACUGAGAAACUCCUGCAUGUCGCUCGACGAGAAGACUCGCACCAUGAGCCGGUCGGGCUCCUUCAGGGACGGCUUCGAGGAAGUUCAUGGAUCAUCCCUGUCUCUGGUCUCCAGCACCUCCUCCAUUUACUCCACGAAUGAGGAGAAGUCGCAGUCGGAGAUCCGCAAGCUGCGCCGGGAGCUGGAUGCCUCCCAGGAGAAGGUUUCCGCCCUGACGACACAGCUGAGCGCCAACGCUCACCUGGUGGCAGCGUUUGAACAGAGUCUGGGCAACAUGACCAUUCGACUGAAGAGUCUCACCUUGACAGCAGAGCAGAAGGACUCUGAGCUGAAUGAGCUGAGGAAGACCAUCGAGCUGCUGAAGAAGCAGAACGCCGUCGCUCAGGCCGCCAUCAACGGAGUCAUCAACACACCUGAACUCGCGCCUAAAGGGGACAGGACAGCCGGCAGUAACGGCAGUCCACAACAACAGCAGCAGCAGCAGCAGAAUCAGCAGCCGGACCUGCGCAUCAGGAGGCAGCACUCCUCCGACAGCGUCAGCAGCGUCGCCAGCGCCACCAGCCAUUCCAGUGUGGGCUCCAACCUGGACACUGACGCCAAGAACAAGAAGAAAAACAAGAAGAACUGGCUGCGAAGCUCCUUCAAACAAGCGUUCAGCAAGAAGAAAUCUCCAAAGUCGGCGUCUUCUCACUCCGACAUCGAGGAGAUGACGGACUCGUCUCUGCCGUCCUCCCCCAAACUGCCCCACAACGGCACGUCAGCCACCAGCCACAUGCUCAGGAACACACACUCCAACACGCUAUUGUCAGAGUGUUUGGACAGCGAGGCGGAGACGGUGAUGCAGCUGCGGAGCGAGCUCAGGGAGAAGGAGAUGAAGCUGACAGACAUCCGCCUGGAGGCUCUCAGCUCCGCCCAUCAGCUGGACCAGCUCCGGGAGGCCAUGAACCGCAUGCAGGUGGAGAUUGAGAAACUGAAGGCGGAGAACGACCGUCUGAAGUUGGAGAACCAGGGCAGCAGAACAGGGUCCCAGGCCUCCAUCUCAUCUUCUCCUCCCCCUCACACAAACAGCCAGGCGCCGGGACCUGGGCUGUCCCAGCAGAGCCUCAACCUCACCACCAGUGAGUCCACCAGCCUGGACAUGCUGCUGGAUGACACCGGCGGAGAGGGAGGGAUGAGGAAGGAGGGGAGACACGUCAAGAUCGUCGUCAGCCUGGACGAGGACAGGAAGUGGGGAGAGGAGGGCCGGCCACGCCACUUUCUGAUUGGCUGCAUUGGUGUGAGCGGUAAAACCAAGUGGGACGUUCUGGACGGAGUGGUCCGACGCCUUUUCAAGGAGUACAUUACCCACGUGGACCCUGUGAGCCAGCUGGGCCUGAGCUCAGACAGUGUGGAGGGAUACAACAUCGGAGAGAUCCACCGGCACAGCAGCCUCAGCGCCGCCCACACACCCGAGCUGCUGCCCUGCGGCUACCUGGUGGGAGACAGCAACACCAUCAGCAUCCAGCUCAAAGGUGUGAGCACUGAGAACGUGGACUCGCUGGUGUUCGACACUCUGAUCCCGAAGCCGAUGCUGCAGCGCUACGUCUCCCUGCUGAAGGAGCACAGACGAGUCAUCCUGUCGGGCCCCAGCGGCACGGGGAAGACAUACCUGGCCAAUCAGCUGUCUCGACACCUGCUGCUGCUGGAGGGCCGACCUCUGACCCCGCACGCUGUUGUCACGUUUAAUGUGGACCACAAGUCCAGCAAGGAACUGCGUCAGUACCUGUCAGGUUUGGCCGAGCAGUGCAGCGGUGUGCCGGGGGUGGAGAGCCCUCUGGUGGUCAUUCUGGACAACCUGCACCAUGUCAGCUCCCUGGGAGAGAUCUUCAACGGCCUCUUCAACUGCAACUACCAGCACUGCCCCUACAUUAUUGGCACCAUGAGCCAAGCCACGUCGUCUGCCCCCAACCUGCAGCUUCACCACAACUUCAGGUGGGUGCUGUGUGCCAACCACAUGGAGCCAGUGAAAGGCUUCCUCGGUCGCUACCUGAGGAGGAAGCUGAUCGAGACGGAGAUCGGCAGCCGAACGCGCAACAUGGAGCUGGUGAAGAUCAUUGACUGGAUCCCGCGGGUUUGGCACCACCUCAACCGCUUCCUGGAGACACACAGCUCCUCCGACGUCACCAUCGGACCUCGUCUCUUCCUGUCGUGUCCCAUGGAUGUGGAGGGAUCCAGGGUUUGGUUCACUGACCUCUGGAACUACUCCAUCAUCCCCUACAUGCUGGAGGCCGUGCGGGAGGGACUGCAGUUGUAUGGCCGCAGGGCUGCAUGGGAGGACCCGGCUGCUUGGGUGAUUGACACCUACCCGUGGUCAGCCACGCCCACUCCAGCUGAUUGGCCCCCGCUGCUGCAGCUCCGCCCAGAGGAUGUGGGGUUCGAUGGCUACUCUGCCCCGAGAGAAGGAGUCAGGAAAGAGCCCCCACAGAGUGACAGCGACGCAGACCCACUGAUGAACAUGCUGAUGCGUCUGAAGGAGGCGGCGACGUCGUCGAGCCCGCAGAGCUACGACAGCGACUCCAACAGCAACAGCCACCAGGACGACAUCCUGGACUCGUCGCUGGAGUCGACCCUGUGAUGCCAUCAAAACGCAACACUGGGAUCAGUUUUCAGGAGAAACUUUUUAUAAGAAAUGUUCUCGCUCUGAGGACGUCUUGUUCAGAGCAUAAUUUCAUGCCACAAAAUCCAGCCACCUUAAUUUGGGUGCAGGUAACCCAAAUAUUUAAAAAGAAAAAUAAAGUUAAAAUUGCAUUUCAGAAAACGGGCAACAAAAGUUUCUACUGCACUGCGCUGUUUUGUUUUGUGUUUUUGUUUUUUUUUCACCGCUGUGGCCCGUGGCUCCUGUCAGGAGCCUGACAUCUACUUCAGACAGACAGAAUAAAAGCACACAGCCUGUCACUGUUAGUGAGGCAUCAUCAUUACCAUCGUCAUCCAGCCAUCAGCGUACGUAAACACCAGCCAGGAAUCCUCCAUCCUUCACUGAGCCGCAGCUCCAGCUCAUCGGGCUGAGAUACUCCUGGUCCUGCCUCGCUGCAGUGCGCCUGCGCUGCCUGCAGAUGGCGGUACACGCCCUUGUCUCUCCAGCAUCAGUGAGCCUGAGCUACAAGCUGCUGAGAGCAAACAUGAGGCUGCAGUGAGUUGGACGGAUGAACAGCCAGCCACUUCCUGCUUCUGCUUCUCCUCCUCCUCUGCUGCUGCUGAAGUUGCAUGUGUGAUUGCUGGAGGAGAAACUAAGUUUAAGAGCCAAGAGCCAAAGUGAAUGUUAAGUCCUGCAGAGUGCCUGCACUCACUUCCCAAAACUCCUGAGAUCAUUCAUUAAAAAAAAAGUAAUAAAGAAGAUGAGUGUCCACAAAAAAUAAUUAAGAGAGUACUGUUAAAAAUAGUUCCUACCAGAUACAUGUUUUGAGUUAAAUUCAGAGCCCUUAGUGGACAAAAAACGAUGAGAACUGGUGUGUUUACGUAAAGGAAUUCAUGAUAUAAACAUGGUAACAAACACUGGUGGCAACAUUGCUUCACCAGAACAAUGUCAAACUCUGUGGAAAAACAUUUCCAAACUAAAGAAACAAGCAAGACAAGGUCAGUUUAACCAAAAAAACCUCACCACAAUCCUGCUGAUACUGUUUCUCCUGGAGUUGACACAUCAUAUGGCAUCAAGGUCCUCAGUGGUUACAUCCUGCCUUGUGGCUGAGAAACCAUUGUUCCACCAAAAGUAGUUCCUCUGAAAUGGAGCACAAUAACUUAGUGAGUGUGUGCAUUUUCUCAGCCAAAGGCACAACUGUAAACACAGACGCCAGUCAAACCUACUGGAAAUAAAAAGCUUAUCCAGUAUAAAAUCUGCAGCUAAUUUUACAGAGCAAAGUAAAAUCUCUCUGAAGACCUGGUUCUCGGAAAAAACAAAGACUUUCAGGAGGAAAUGGUGCUGACUGAGAAAUUAACAUUCACCACGGCUCGAUAUAUCCUUUUAACAGUGUUUGAGAUAAUGUCCUUUUCUAUCUGUGUUGUAUCUUUCCGUGUAGUUUCACAAAUAACGCCUCGACCACUUCUAAGUUCUCGCUUUAACCCCUCACAAUCCUUUGAGAUCUCCAUGCACGUUGGCCCAAGCAGGCUGUUGUAGCACAACUCUCUUUUGGUGCUGGACUGAAUUAUAACAAACAAUGCCUUACUCUUUUUCGAACAGACUAUGUGCAUUAGCUGAUUCUUUAUUUGUCUAAAUGGCUGUAAACUUAACAGGGCUCCGAGUCAAGCGGCGGUUGACCUCGCAUCAUAUCAAACACCAAUGCCGUGGGAUUGAAGAGACGUGAAUGAGAAGCAGUACUUUGGGUUUUUAAAUUAAAUUGUAUGCAUGUAUGAACCCAGUGCUGAGACGCUGGUGUAAAUAUUUGGACCUCUAGCAGGAAAGAAAAACGUAUAGAUGUGUUUUUCGGUGCUCGAAAUCAGAAGCGUUUGCAGGUUGAUCGGAUGAAGGAAGUUUAAGAAGAUGCGCUGAUUUUAUACCUCAUCUCCAUCCUUCAACUAUGCUUUCGCCACACUCCUUGUCUGUUCUGAUUAUGUGAUUUGUGAUGAUCAAAACUGUCAUAACAAACAUGUUGAACUAAUUAAGUAAGAACUAGUGUAUAUGCUGCUUUGUUUAUAAUGAUAUAAUUAAUUGGAGGUUUAAAGGUAUAAAGGUACUUGUGGUUGGAUGAUAAUGUAAAAGUUUUAACAUCAUUUCUAUGGCUUAAAAAAAAAAAAAUAAAGUUAUUGUACUUUUUGUUGUUGUUGGAAACCUCCCAGCCUGCCUUCUGGGAAAGGGCGGGCAGACGUUAAAGCUGGGGUCAUGUCGUUCAGCGCGGCUUCCAUCACUUUCAGUGUUUUUGUCACCGAUGCUAUGCAACAUUCAUUCUGAUCUCCAAAUGGAAGCCAAAAGCUCGACGUGCGUUUGUGUGUCCCCGUCCCUCCCCCGGCGCAGAUUUCAGCACUGCCGAGACCUAAAGCAUGGAACCAGAUUUGUGAAGACUUCUUCGGAUUUGUGGCAAACGUUCUUUGUCCAUAUGUGUGUCUGUGUAAUUCAUAGAGGCUCUCCUGCUACAGUCCUUGUGAGCACAAAGAGGCUGACUGUGUUUGUCUUGUGAAAAGCUCUGAGAGGUGUGGAUGUUGUUGAAGCAUUUGACCGGUCUGUGUGUUUAUUACUCACAAACUCAAUGAAUGUUUAGCCUUCUUUGCUAUGUACAUUUUUUAUAUGUAACAUAACUCUGUAAAUAGUUGGUUAUCUUGCAGCAUUUUGAUGACUUUUUCUAGCUGAUUUGUUACAGUACUUGAAGAGGAGUAUUUUGUGUACAGUCUCUUUACAUCAGAGCAGAUUGAUGCCGUUUGUCAUCACUGGUCUGUCCAGGGCUCGAGAAUUAAAUCUGAUAUCACUGUACUAGUCUUAAGUUAUU